AUGGACAGUGGGGCAGAUGCUGAGCUCUGCUUCCCUCACCUCCUGAACUUAUCCUGCAGAGCACCAGUGCGUCCUCACUCUGAGGCAGUCCUCCUUUACACUCUGCUCUCUUUCAUCGCUGUGCUGACAGUGGCCCUAAACCUGCUCGUCGUCAUCUCCAUCUCCCACUUCAGACAGCUCCACACCCCCACUAACCUGCUCCUGCUCUCCCUGGCCAUCGCAGACCUCCUAGUGGGGCUGCUGGUGAUGCCGGUGGAAAUGGUGAGAAUCACAGAAACCUGCUGGCUGAUGGGUGAGCUCAUGUGUGCCCUGUCUGAAAUCAGUAGCUUCACUCUCACAUCGGCCUCCGUGGGCAACAUGGUGCUCAUAUCCAUUGAUCGUUAUGUAGCUAUUUGUAACCCUCUGCAGUACACCAGCAAGGUCACUCGUGGGAGAGUGGAGGUGUCUGUGUGUCUGUGCUGGGCCUUCUCACUUCUCUACAACGGGCUGAUCCUGAAGGACCAUCUUCGACAGCCUAGCAGAUACAGCUCCUGCUACGGGGAGUGCGUGGUGGUGAUUAACUUUGCCUCUGGAGCCGUAGACCUCGUGUUUACUUUCAUCGGCCCCUGCUCGAUCAUUGUCGUUCUCUAUAUGAGAGUGUUUGUUGUGGCCGUGUCUCAGGCUCGUGCCAUAGGCUCUCGUAUUACAGCAGUUACAGGUGGUUCAGUGACAGCCACAGCAAAGAAGUCAGAGAGAAAAGCAGCUCGGACUCUGGGUGUCGUUAUACUGGUGUUUUUGAUGUCUUUCUGUCCAUAUUACUACCCGUCUCUUGCAGGGCAGGACACAUCAAACAGUGCUUUGACUUGGCCCAUUGUGUCCUGGCUAUUGUAUUCAAAUUCGUGCAUGAACCCUCUCAUAUACGCUUUUUUCUACCCGUGGUUUAGAAAAGCUAUCAAGUUCAUUGUCACCCUGAAGAUACUAGAGAAGAACUCCUCUCACGUCAGUAUACUUUAA